GUAGAGUACGUCUAUCCUGAGCUCGAAUCUGGCCUUGAUCUGCCCCCACAGUGGGUCCACAUUCCGCCCACUGCACUACCAGAUGGUGCUCACAAUUUUGACAAGGAUUGCAUAUUUUUUACUGUCCCCUCAUUGGAUCCAAAGCCCACCACCCUCUUCGGUGUUGCUUGCUACCGCCAAAUCGAUGUCAAUGAGUACUCCAGCAAGACACCAGAUUUGACUCGUAAUUCCGUCCAAAAGAGCGUCGUUUUCCUAUCAUCGGCGCUUGACGGUGGUGGUGGUGAUGAUGACGACAGAGUGCACUUUGAUUUAAAGCAGGCUCCGCAUGCUACAGAUUUAAAAACCGCCUUGAUGGCCUUGGCUUUUUUACAGGCUCUGUUCGGACUUAUUUCCACACAACUCAACGAUCUCACUGACGCAUUUGUCGCAGCCUCCUCAACUGAAAGGGGCUACGAAAUCCUUCGAAGUGGUUUCGCAGACAUUCAGACCGCAGUUGACAAAGCCUCCACGUCACCAUUGUACGAAAGUACGCCCGUCUGGUUGUGUUAA